AUGAAGGUGGCUGCUUUGGGAGUGACGGCAAGGCGACAAAGGGAGGAGGGACAUGACAAAGCAGCGAGUAGGUUACAUCUUAGGUUAGGUGCUAGGUUAGCCAUUUGGUCAUGUGCUAGCGACUUGGAGGGCCAUGCAGAAAUCCUCGCAGGUCCGCUUGGCUGCGUGGCCGUGCGUGGAGCCGGCGAGGCUGUGGAUGUCCCUGUGGACGAAGCCGUACCGGAAGAGUGUGGGCGUGGUGGAGUCGCAGUCCACGAUGGAGGGGCAGUGGGCAGUGUGAGUGGAGUUCGGGGCCAGUGGCCGUCGCUUGGCUGUGCAGUCGUUGGCGCAGCUCCUGGCGUGGCAGUUGGACGUGGCGUCGGCGCAGGUGCGCUCGCAGUCCUGGAGCAGUUCCCUGAGGAAGUCGUAGAAAGUCUCCGUGAGGUACACCACCCAGGAGAGGUAGAGGGUGCCAUGGUCACUGGAGCCAAAGAUAGAACUGACGUCCAGUGUCACGCCCGGCUGCCGGAAGCACGCAGCGCCGACGGCGUCAUCGAAGGCCGCCUUACGGUGCUCGCCGUCAUUAUGCCACUCGCAUAUGAAGUUGAAGUAAAAGGCGAACAGUUCGUCUGGCGUCCGUGGCGGGCGGGUGAAGAGGCAAGUCAGGGAGCCGCAGAGCCUGGUGAGGGGGGAGGAAGCGCCGCCGCAGAAGGCGCCGAGGACGUCCAUGAUGUGUCGGCCUUGGGAAGCACGGGAGGCCAGCCUGGUGAUGUUGGAGAGGCCCAUGGGCGUCUUGCACGGCAGGCCGGGUGA